UUCAAGCAUAGUUCUUUAAGAAGGAGAAGUGGAUAUUUCAUUACAUUUGCUGUGAAGUGGAUAUGUUCUUACAGACUUGGAAAAAGGACAAACUGUAGCCACAACAGUUGGACCAGGAGAGCACACCUUAUUACUCAAUGUAAAUAAUAUUCACCGUGCUUCAUUACAUAGCUCAACUCCAGUUCUAAACUUUCAACAACCAGUAACUCAGAAAUCCACCACCACCUCCAGCCCCUAUAAAUAUCCUUGUUCCUGGACACUCAAGUUAGUGUCUCUCAGUAUCUCCUUCCCUCUCUUCCUCUCUCGCUCUCUCUAUCUAUAUAUCUCUCCCUCUCUAUAUAUCUUUCAUAAGUGCAUGUGAGUGGGUAGUAUUUGUGCAUGGAUACAGAAGUGCAUGCAGAAAAAGGAUUUAUACACAGUUAAGCUCUCUCUAUAACACUCCAAAACAAGCAAACAAGAGAUAAGAGGAAGAAGCUUAAAGAAGAUGGCAGCAGAACAGAUCAAAAAGCACCCGACAUUACCAGAGGUCAAGGAGGAAUUGAAGAAAAUAAUUGACAGAGGUUUUCCUAUACUUGCUAUGGGCUUGGCAACCUAUUUGAAAAACAUGAUUUUAGUUGUGUGCAUGGGAAGGCUGGGAAACUUGGAGCUGGCAGGGGGUGCACUGGCCAUUGGCUUCACCAAUAUUACUGGUUACUCAGUCUUGUCUGGCCUAGCCUUGGGGAUGGAACCACUUUCUAGCCAGGCUUUUGGAUCAAGAAACUUGACUUUAGUGUCUCUUGCCCUCCAAAGGACAAUCUUUAUGUUAUUAACUGCAUCUAUACCUAUUGCCUUUUUAUGGUUUAAUUUUGAGUCUCUCAUGCUAAAGCUACACCAAGACUCACAAAUAAUACAUGUAGCAAGUGUAUUUUGCAGAUUUGCUGUCCCAGAUCUUAUUGCUAACAGCUUUCUUCACCCUUUACGCAUCUACUUACGGUGUAAAGGUACAACAUGGCCUCUAUUAUGGUGUACUUCACUUGCAACAAUGCUGCAUUUCCCUAUCACAGUUUACCUGACUUUUACUCUCAGUCUUGGGAUCCAAGGAAUUGCAAUUUCAACCUAUGUCUCCAACUUUGUCACCUUAUUCUUCCUUUUAGGCUAUAUAUUCUUUACUUAUGACCAAAAUGGAUCUCCAUCAAAACCCCUAGCAGAAAAUGUAAAACUUCUUCCUUCCAUUUCUGUGGGAGAACAAUGGAUAAUGCUUCUUCAACUUGCUAUACCUAGCUGUUUAGCAGUUUGCUUAGAGUGGUGGUGGUAUGAAUUCAUGACAGUUCUAGCCGGCUACCUUGACAGACCUGAAGUUCCACUUGCUGCAUCUGCUAUCGUUAUACAAACCACAUCCCUCAUGUACACAUUGCCUUCGGCCCUAAGUGCUUCAGUCUCAAGCAGGGUAGGGAAUGAACUUGGAGCGGGACGGCCAGCUAAGGCCCGCUUGGCGACAGGGAUAGCCAUAGGGCUGGCCUUUUUGACUUCAACAUUUGGAUUCAUACUGACCACCAUAGGGAGAGAAGCAUGGGGAAGAGUCUUUACAAAAGAUAGAGAAGUUCUGGAGCUAACAGCGACCGUUCUUCCCAUUAUUGGACUUUGUGAACUAGCUAAUUGUCCACAGACAACAUGUUGUGGGGUUCUUCGGGGGAGUGCUAGGCCCGGUGUUGGUGCAGGUAUUAACUUUUACUCGUUCUAUUUGAUGGGAACACCAGUGGCCAUCACUUUGGCCUUCGUUUGGAAGCUAGGAUUUUUGGGCCUUUGUUAUGGGCUUCUAGCAGCUCAAGUGGCAUGUGUAAUCUCAAUGUUAAUAGUCACUUAUAGUACUGAUUGGGAAGGAGCAUCCUUGAAGGCAAAAGAACUAGUGGGAAGAUCUAAUGAACUCCCAUAUGAAGAUCAACUGGUAAAAUUUGAGGAGGGUAAUGGAUUUCUCAAAAGAUUUAGCUUCUGAAGAGGAAGGAAAUCUAAGGAUGCAAUGGAUGGAAAGGAAAAGGAAGAGAUGGCACAGACAAGAAGAAAGCGAAGAACAUUACAUCCUCUCAGUAUUUCGAGUCAUAGAAUAUGCAACAUGUACCUUGGACUUUUGACGUUAAAGCAACUAGUUUCAUAUCUAACAGGAUGUUGAUGGGAUAAUGGAAGUAUAGGCAAGCAGAAGUGUGUUUUAUAGCCCAAAUGUGUAAAUGUAAGAGGCUUUUGGUUUGCAUUUUCUAGAUGUCAAUAUAUGUUAUCUUAGUAGCUAUGACAUAAACAUUUGCAUGA